AUGGCAAAGUUUUUAGAGGUGUACACGCCGGAACAGAACCUCAGCUUCGACAAAGGGACUUGUCCAUGGAAGGGGCGUUUGAAAAUCUGGGUCUACAACCCAGCAAAACCAGUGAAGUUUGGGAUCAAACUGUUUCAACUCUGUGAAGCUAGUAGUGGCUAUUGUUUGGGGUUUGAAGUGUAUGCUGGGAAGACAAAUGAAACGAACACUAACUAUUGUGAGGCACUGGGUGUUGAUCCUGAACAUUUGACACUUACAACACAGUGUUUGAAAAGGAAGAUGGAUGAGGGGAAAUGCGUGUAUCACACUAAUGACAAUAUGUUAGCAUUAAAAUUUAAAGACAAGCCUGAUGUCAGCAUGUUGACAACUAUACAUGGUGCCAACAUGAGUGUGCUAUGGAAAAGGAAGCAUGGCACUGACAUCCAUGUACAAAAGCCAACCUGUAUUGUGUAUUAUUGUCGGUACAUGGGAGGUGUGGACCUUCUUGACCAGUUUGAUCAAUACAGCACCAUUGCUAGGAAAACAAAGAAGUGGUGGAGGAAGCUUUUCUUCCAUAUAAUGAACAUUUGUAUAGUCAAUGCGUACAGGUUGUACGAGAAGUACACCACCAACAGACCGAAGAAAGACCAUGAGGGUUCCCGCAAGUCUGUGGUUGAAGCCCUGAUCAUCGAAGGCGGUGGACCACGUGGCCAAACUGAACGUCGGGGAAGGCCUAUCCUUGGAGAAAAGCCUGCUAGACUGACAGGAAAGCACUUUCCUGCAUUCAUCCCUGCAAAACAAGGGGCUAAGCAGGCCAAGCCAUGCCGGGACUGUGUCGCCUGCAACGUCAAACCGGAAAAUCGGGAAGGGAGCAAGAGAAAACAGACUGCAUACUGGUGUCCUGACUGCCAAGUUGCAUUGUGUUUCAGGAUUUAUCACAGCCACUAUGACUAUAAGGCAGUGUUAAACAAUGUUUGA